AUGGCGUCCAACAAGAAGAGCAGCCUCACAGGCUACCUGCCCGACAUCUUGAUGGCGGCAGCAGCAGCACCCUACUUCGUCAUCCGCAACCUGCUCGCCCGCCUCGACCCUGACGCCCAGCAAAAGGAAGAAGCGCGCGCCAAAUCCGCCGCCGCAACCCGCAAGCUCGACGCCAUCCUCGCCAGCAAGCGGCGCAAGAGCUACGGCGAAUACGACAGCGAAGACGAGGACGCCGGCGCCGAUGCCGACUCGCGACAUCGGCGCCCGCGCAUGCAGGAGCUGGUGCUGAACAGCUACGAACAGACCAUCGCCAUGGAGGUCGUUGCGCCCGAGGAGAUUCCCGUCACCUUCGACGACAUCGGCGGCCUGGACUCGAUCAUCGAGGAGCUGAAGGAGUCGGUCAUCUACCCGCUCACCAUGCCACAUCUCUACUCGCACUCGUCGUCGCUGCUGAGCGCUCCGAGCGGCGUCCUCCUGUAUGGCCCGCCCGGCUGCGGAAAGACCAUGCUGGCAAAGGCUCUUGCCCACGAGUCGGGCGCCUGCUUCAUCAACCUGCACAUCUCCACCCUCACCGAGAAGUGGUACGGCGACAGCAACAAGCUGGUCAACGCCGUCUUCAGCCUGGCAAGGAAGCUGCAGCCGAGCAUCGUUUUCAUCGACGAGAUUGAUGCUGUGCUUGGCCAGAGGAGAAGUGGUGAACACGAGGCAAGCGGCAUGGUAAAGGCCGAAUUCAUGACCCACUGGGACGGUCUAGCCUCCUCCACAGCCUCCGGCAGCAACACGCCUCAACGGAUAUGCAUCCUCGGCGCCACAAAUCGCAUUCAGGACAUCGACGAAGCCAUCCUCCGCCGUAUGCCCAAGAAGUUCCCCGUCGCCCUGCCCAACGCCUCGCAACGCAGCAACAUCUUCUCGCUCAUUCUCCGCGGCACCAAGAUCGACAGCAAGAAUCUCGACCUCGAUUACCUGGUCCGCGUCUCCGCCGGCAUGUCCGGCUCAGACAUCAAAGAAGCAUGCAGGGACGCCGCCAUGGGGCCCGUCAGGGAGUACAUCAGGCGCAAGAAGGCCGACGGCACGUUAAAGAGCAGCAGAGGCGUCAGAGACGAGGAUGUACGAGGACUCAGAACCGAAGACUUCUUUGGCAGAGGAAAAGGUCUAAGGGAGAUGGAGAGCCUCGACGAGACUCGCGAAGAGAUGAACGCAAGGAGCAGGAGGGUACACACCACCUCCGAGUCUUCGGAAGAAGCCAGCAGCGCCGACAGCACCACGAGCGGCGAUGAGAAGUCGAGACACUACGACGAUCCCGAACCCUCGGCGAUCAGGUGA